GUGCUUGAUGGGCUCGUCGCCGGUGCCGCGUGGCAGCGGCGCGUCCCAUUCGCAGCGUGUCGUUUCCUUUGCCCUCAGUUUUCCCUUCUAAUACAGACGUCUGGGGAGCGUCCAGGCUGGGGCCACUGCGGACAGGCGCUGCCGCCCACGCUCCUGCGCGUCCGGGUCCAGUGGACGCUGCCGGCGGCCUCUCCCUCCCGCACUGAGGCGCUGUAGUCCCAACAGUGCUUAGUGUCAUCUGUCCUUGUCGCACGCUAGCCGUUCUGGUCUGAGUACUGUCAUCCCCGACUUUUAAUUUCCGGUUUGUGCUAAUAAGGUUUUUAUGCCCAUUAGCCAUUUCUUUGUGUGAAGCUCUUGUUUAAAUGUCCACCCAUUUUUUUUACUGGGUGGAAUUUUUUUUCAAAUAUUUACUUUUAUCACCCAUACUUUUUUGUUUCUAAAGAAAAACUUUAAACUCGGGUACUUGUAUAUUCAGACACUACACACACACUCAAAUUUAACAGAACUACAGUAUGUUAAAAUUAUGGCAGAAUACAACCUUACGUAUCUAGAGCCUCGCCUUCCAGCCGAAACAGAGUCCUAGGCUCAAGGCUGGAAGUUACAGGCCUCAUGGGUGUUGCGAGCACACGCUUCCUUUGACAAAGCAAAAAACCGAUCUUCUCUACAUAGAGGAGAAUAAUUUUUUGUCGAUCCCUUCUCCGUAUGUCCCGUAUCGGUAUAGAGUUUACCUAAACAUCAGUGCUGUAACGUACAACUUUCAGUCGUGUUCCUGUCUUGUCUUCUAGGCUGAGGUCGGUCCCCUGCGGCCUAGCCUUUCUGGCAGACAGCGUCACCGGAACACAGCCGUUUGCCUGUUGCCUGUGGCAGCUGUCGGGCUACAGCAGCAGAUUCGAGUCGAGUCGCUAGGACAGAGACCUCCCGACCCACAAAGUCUAAACAUUUACCGCCUGGCCAUUCACGGAAGCCGUUUGCCAAGUCCCGCCCUCGCAGUAAACUGUGACUCCGUGCCAGGCGCCACCACGCUGCCAUCUUGGAGCUCCUGUUACCUCCCGUGCCUCAGGCCCCCCAGGGCAGGCCCCCGGGCGACGCGGGCAUGCAGGGCGUAUCUGCUGCACACGCCGUGUUCUGCAAUGGAGUUUUAACAUUGAAUGCGGAGAGCACUAAUUAUGCCUGUCAAGUCCCAAACUUCCAUAAAUGUGAAAUCUGUCUGCUAUCUUUUCCAAAAGAGUCCCAGUUUCAACGCCACAUGAGGGAUCACGAGCGAAACGACAAGCCACACCGAUGUGACCAGUGCCCCCAAACGUUUAAUGUUGAAUUCAACCUGACACUUCAUAAGUGUACCCACAAUGGGGAGGACCCCACCUGUCCUGUGUGUAACAAGAAAUUCUCCAGAGUGGCUAGUCUCAAAGCGCAUAUCAUGCUGCAUGAAAAGGAAGAGAACCUCAUCUGCUCCGAGUGCGGGGAUGAGUUCACUCUGCAGAGCCAGCUGGCCGUCCACAUGGAGGAGCACCGCCAGGAGCUGGCCGCCAACCGGGUCCAUACCUGCAAGGCCUGCGGGAAAGAGCUGGAGACGUCGUCCCAGCUGAAGGAGCACAUGAAGACUCAUUACAAAAUCAGGGUGUCCGGCACGAGGCCCUACAACCGCAACGUGGACCGGAGUGGGUUCUCGUAUUCCUGCCCGCACUGUGGGAAGACCUUCCAGAAGCCAAGCCAGCUGACACGGCACGUCCGGAUACACACAGGUGAGAGGCCCUUCAAGUGCAGUGAGUGCGGCAAGGCCUUCAACCAGAAGGGGGCGCUGCAGACGCACAUGGUCAAGCACACGGGCGAGAAGCCCCACGCCUGCGCCUUCUGCCCCGCCGCCUUCUCGCAGAAGGGGAACCUGCAGUCCCACGUGCAGAGGGUCCACUCGGAGGUCAAGAGCGGCCCUACCUAUAAUUGUGCGGAGUGUAGCUGCAUGUUUAAGAGUCUAGGCAGCCUGAACACUCACAUCAGCAAGAUGCAUAUGGGGGGCCCGCAGAACCCCGCAGGCUCUGCAGAGACGGCUCACAUCCUGACGGCCACGCUGUUCCAGACUUUACCUCUUCAGCAGACAGACGUCCAAGUGACGUCAGCAUCGGGUCAGCAGACUUCACAGGCAGUGACCGAUGUCAUCCAGCAGCUCCUGGAGCUCUCGGACCCGGGGCCGGUGGAAGCCAACCAGGCCACUCAGCCUGGCCGGCAGCUGAGCAUCACCGUGGGGGUCAGCCAGGACAUUUUACAGGUGAGGCGCGUCCCUGCUCUUGUCUGUGUCGCGGCGCCUCCCGGCACGGAGCAGGAGCAGGAGCAGGACGGCCCGGAGAAGCUGGACAGAAAGGAGAAGAAAAUCGUAAAGAAGAAGUCGCCGUUUCUGCCAGGCUCCAUCCGCGAGGAGAACGGCGUCCGGUGGCACGUGUGUCCCUACUGCACCAAGGAGUUCCGGAAGCCCAGCGACCUGGUGCGCCACAUCCGCAUCCACACGCACGAGAAGCCCUUCAAGUGCCCGCAGUGCUUCCGCGCCUUCGCGGUCAAGAGCACGCUGACCGCGCACAUCAAGACGCACACGGGCAUCAAGGCCUUCAAGUGCCCGCACUGCAUGAAGGGCUUCUCCACGUCCGGGAGCCUCAAAGUGCACGUGCGGCUGCACACAGGAGUCAGACCUUUCGCUUGUCCUCACUGUGACAAAAAAUUCCGAACCUCAGGCCACAGGAAGACGCACAUCGCUUCCCACUUCAAACACACGGAGCUGAGAAAGAUGAGGCACCAGCGCAAACCUGCCAAGGUGCGCGUCGGCAAGGCCAGCACCCCAGUUCCUGACAUCCCGCUGCAAGAGCCCAUCCUCAUCACGGACGUAGGCCUCAUCCAGCCCAUUCCAAGGAACCAGUUUCUUCAGAGCUACUUUAAUAGCAAUCUUGUGAACGAAGCAGACAGACCCUACAAGUGCUUUUACUGUCACCGCGCGUACAAAAAGUCUUGCCACCUGAAACAGCACAUCAGGUCGCACACAGGCGAGAAGCCUUUCAAAUGUUCUCAGUGUGGACGAGGCUUCGUAUCCGCAGGAGUGCUCAAGGCACACGUCCGAACGCACACCGGCCUCAAGUCGUUCAAGUGUCUGGUCUGUAACGGGGCUUUCACCACUGGCGGGAGCCUGCGGCGGCACAUGGGCACCCACAAUGACCUCCGUCCCUACAUGUGUCCCUACUGCCAGAAGACAUUUAAGACCUCGCUGAGCUGCAGAAAGCACAUGAAAACCCACAGAUACGAGCUUGCUCAGCAGCUCCAGCAGCACCGGCCGGCGGCCCCCAUAGAUGACGGCGCCGUGGACCAGCAGAGCGUGCAGGUGUCGGCCCAGGUGCAGGUGGACAUCGAGGGCCACGGGCUGCCGCAGACCGCGGAGGCCGUCGCCGCAAACCCCGAAGCUAUGCUGGAGCUGGAGCCGCAGCACGUCGUGGGCCCCGAGGACACGGGGCUUGGUCAGCAGCUGGCAGACCCGCCUCUGGAAGCAGACGAAGACAGGUUCGGGGCCCCAAGGCACGCGCUGCAGGAGCACAUGGGCCAGUUUGACGAGCAGGCGCCCGCGCAGCAGCCCUUCGGCCCGGCCGGCUUGUCACAGGGUUUUUCGGUGACAGAUACUUAUAACCAGCAGACUCAGUUUCCACCUGUCCAGCAGCUACAAGAUUCUAGCAGCCUGGAGUCGCAAGCCCUGUCCACCAGCUUCCACCAGCAGAGCCUGCUGCCGGUUGCCAGCUCCGAGCCGGUGGACGUGACAGCUCCUCUGAUUCAGGAGUCAUCCCAAGAGGAACUGGACCUGCAGACACAACGUCCCCAGUUCCUGGAGGACAGCCAAGACCAGAGCAGGCGCUCUUACAGGUGUGACUAUUGCAAUAAGGGCUUUAAGAAGUCCAGCCACCUGAAGCAGCACGUGCGGUCGCACACCGGGGAGAAGCCCUACAAGUGCAGGCUCUGCGGGCGCGGCUUCGUCUCCUCCGGCGUCCUCAAGUCCCACGAGAAGACACACACAGGAGUGAAGGCGUUCAGCUGCAGUGUUUGCAACGCUUCGUUCACGACCAACGGCAGCCUCACCAGGCACAUGGCGACGCACACGAGCAUGAAGCCCUACAAGUGCCCGUUCUGUGAGCAGGGCUUCCGGACGACGGUGCACUGCAAGAAGCACAUGAAGCGGCACCAGGCGGUCCCCUCGGUCGCACCAUCGCCGGGAGAGGCAGAGGGAGGAGGAGACGUGUGUCUGGAGGGGGAGGAGGAGAACCCCGAGCGAGACGCCUCUCGACGGGCCCGCACCGAGGUCAUCACGUUUAGCGAGGAGGAGACGGCGCGGCUGGCGCGGACGCAGCCGCGGGACAGCGCCACCGUGUCCGAGCAGGUGCUGGUGCAGUCGGCCGCCGAGAAGGACCGCGUCAGCGAGCUGAAGGACCGGCAGGCGGAGCUGGAGGCCGAGCCCAAGUAUGCCAACUGCUGCUCCUACUGCCCCAAGAGCUUCAAGAAGCCCAGCGACCUGGUCAGGCACGUUCGGAUCCACACCGGAGAGAAGCCGUAUAAGUGUGACGAGUGUGGGAAGAGCUUCACGGUCAAGUCCACCCUCGACUGCCACGUGAAGACGCACACAGGUCAGAAGCUCUUCAGCUGCCACGUCUGCAGCAACGCCUUCUCCACGAAGGGCAGCCUGAAGGUCCACAUGCGCCUGCACACGGGGGCCAAGCCGUUCAAGUGUCCCCACUGUGAGUUGCGUUUCCGGACGUCGGGGCGGAGGAAGACCCACAUGCAGUUUCACUACAAACCGGACCCCAAGAAAGCCAGGAAGCCCGUGAGCCGCAGCCCGCCCGAGGCCGUGCAGCCGGCCGGCCUCCUCAGCCCGACGCCCAGCGACUCGAACGUGUUCAUCGUGAACAACUCGGUGCUGACCGGCCAGUUUGAUCAGGGUUUGCUCCCUCAGGGGCUGGUGAGCCAGACCGUGCUCCCCGCCUCCGUGUCAGCUGGUGGCGACUGGACAGUGUCUCUGACAGAGGGGAGCCUGGCCGCCCUGGAAGGCAUCCAGUUACAGCUGGCCGCCAACCUGGUUGGGCCUAACGUGCAGAUUUCUGGCAUCGACGCGUCCAGCAUCAACAACAUCACCCUGCAGAUCGACCCAGGCGUGCUGCAGCAGACGCUCCAGCAGACCAGCCUGGUCGCUCAGCCGCUGUCCGGGGAGCCGGGCCUGGCCCCGCAGAGCAGCCCCCUGCACACACCAGACACCGCGGUCCCGGCCAGUGUCGUCAUCCAGCCCAUCGCAGGCCUGUCCCUGCAGCCCACGGCGACGUCUGCCAACCUGACCAUCGGCCCGCUGUCUGAGCAGGACUCCGUUCUGGCCGCUGGCGGCAGCGGGACUCAAGACCUUUCUCAGGUGAUGACGUCGCAAGGCUUGGUGUCCACCUCCACUGGCCCCCACGAGAUCACUGUGACCAUCAACAAUUCAAGCCUGAGCCAGGUCUUGGCGCAAGCCGCCGGGCCCACCGCGUCACCCUCGGGGUCCCCGCAGGAGAUCACCCUGACCAUCUCCGGUCAAGACCUCAUCCAACACAGUUCUAAUGGAAGUAGCGAGCUAAACGGGAGCAUAAGGCUGUCAGCACCUGCGAUCGGCAGCCAGUCUGCAGAUGCCACCUUAGCAAUAAGCAGCGGUCAGCUUCUCUCACAGAGCGCAGCGUUGAACGCUUCAGAGCUUAACGUGGCCGCCGGGGGCCUCUCCACCACGCCGAUGUCUCCGUCUGCAGUCUCCGCUCAGAACCUGCUCAUGUCCUCGUCAGGUGUGGGGGGCGAGGCCAGCGUCACCCUGACUCUGGCGGACACCCAGGGCUUGCUCUCGGGAGCGCUGGACACGGUCACACUCAACAUCGCUUCUCAGGGUCAGCAGUUCCCAGCCUUGCUCACGGACCCCUCUCUCUCGGGCCAAGGAGGCGUGGGCUCACCGCAGGUCAUCUUGGUGAGCCACGCGUCACAGCCAUCGUCCGCAACCUGCGAGGAGAUCACCUACCAGGUGACCGACAUCUCUGCGAGCCUGGCCCAGGGCGGCCAGCCCGAGAAGGAGGGCCGGCUGCAGCAGUGCGUGGAGUGCGGCCGCACGUUCGCGUCCUCGGCCUUGCUGCUGCAGCACAGCAAGGAGGCCCACGGCCGGGAGCGCAUCCACGUCUGCCCCGUGUGCCGGAAGGCCUUCAAGCGCGCCACCCACCUCAAGGAGCACAUGCAGACGCACCAAGCAGGCCCUUCCUUGAGCUCCCAGAAGCCGAGGGUGUUUAAAUGCGACACGUGUGAGAAGGCGUUUGCCAAACCGAGCCAGCUGGAGCGACACAGCCGCAUCCACACAGGGGAGCGGCCGUUCCCCUGCACGCUGUGCGAGAAGGCCUUCAACCAGAAGAGCGCGCUGCAGGUGCACGUGAAGAAGCACACGGGCGAGCGGCCGUACCGCUGUGAGCACUGCGCCAUGGGCUUCACGCAGAAGAGCAACAUGAAGCUGCACGUGAAGCGGGCGCACAGCUACGCCGGGACGCUGCAGGAGGCCGCUGGCCAGCAGGAGCAGGUGGGGGAGGAGCUGAGCCACACGCUGCACCUGGAGGAGGUGGUACAGGACACCGCCAGCGAGUGGCAGGCGCUGGCCAACGUGUUCUGACGCGCGACCCGCGGGUGUCUCUGAAGUUGACUGUCACGCGGGACAAAGCACUGGGAACUCCUGCUUUUAAGUUUCAGGCGUUGAAAUGUUACCACAGUAGUUCUUAGCUAUAAAACCAUCUGAAGAAUCACUGUCUUUCAGAGGCUUCCAGGAGCGACCUGGGGAGUGCACCUGCCUCGGCCCGUCACCCGCGGGCAGCGCCUCCGGGUAGACAGGCCGCUGGCUCUCCCUGACCUCACAGUGAGUCCUUCGUGUUAGCGGAGGCAGAGGUGACACGCAGCGAGUCACGUCGGCUUCCUUCAGCUCUGUCAUGAGACGCGCAGCGUACGAAACGAACAUGAGACAGCACGAGGUUCAGACAAGGGUUAGAACGCGCAGGGAAGUCUUUGCCACGUUUCCCUCUGCACGUUUCAAAAUGAGUACAAAUUGACUCUUUAGUCUGCAGUAAGUUAGGAGGACAAAAACCUUGAGAGAUGGCUGGACCGAUUCUCUCCCCGUCGCAAAGACCUAAUCGUUGGAAGGCCGUGCGUCUGGGGCGCAGACACGGGGACCGAGGGGACUGACGGGGACGGGGACGGGGCGACACGCUCACGGCAGGAAGCACAAGGCACAUGCUGCAGAGGCCCCGCGGCCCGGCCGGCCGGUCAGAGCGGUGGCUGUGGCUGAGGGACAGGAGCCCCUCCGGGCCCCGGGACCCCCUCCUCGUGCAUGGGGGCGUGAGCUUUAUUUCAGGGAGUUCUCUAGUAUCAUCAAUGGUGCCACGUUCAGCGUCCCAAACCGGCCCGCCCCGAGCCGGCGGGCGCAUGUGUCCCGCAGCAUUCCAAAGAUGGAAAGUUCUCUGUCCAUGCGAAUCCCCCUCGAAGUUAUUUAUAUGUUCUAUAUAUAAGUGCGUAUGUACAUACACAGAUUUAUGGGCCUCUGUGUGGCUGAUCAGUAUAUUUUGUAAAUACAGGCGCCCGUCCGGAUCACAGAGAGAGCGGCAGGGUCCUCACCGCCCUGGCAGCGCUUCCGAUCAGUAUUGUGUUCAUUUUACUAAUAAAUGGGUAUCUCUUUCAUUGUAACAUAAAGCUGGGUUUUCGUUUCUGUUUUCGUUUCUUGAAAAAUAAUUGCCUUUAUUUUCUCUCCUCGCCUCCCUGGUUCCGUCAGGAGCGGUUUUAUUAUAAAUAUUGUAUGGACUUGUAUAUUAAGAGGGACUCACUUCGGAUUCCUGAACAAAGAGACAUUUCACUGUUAUAUUUCGCAAGGGCAUCUUUUGACUUUUCUGUUCCUGUCCCCUUUUGGAUGUGUAUAUAAGUAAUAUUGAUGGUGACAUAAAAACUUUUGUUAUGUGAAAAUAUUUAAGUCAGAAAACUGUUAAAUAAUAUUACUUUUUUUCAAACUGCUUUGUGUAUUGUAUAUUUUUUUAAGGGAAAAAAAGCCUUAUUUGACUCAUUCUUGUGAUGCUGGACUUACUAUAUCCUGAGGUUUUCCUGAAUGUCAGCAUGUAUACCUGGCUGUCGUCAGUGUACUCAGAUUAAUUGUAAUUUUGCCAGAGUUUUAAAGGUUCUGCUUUUAAUGCACUUUCUUUUAUAAUUUUGUAUUAAAAUAUUUUAGAAAUGUUGAUUAAUUUUGGUGAACAGAUAUCCCCAAAGUUGCCAUUAUUGGAAUUUUAAAAAUUUUAUUCUUGCUAGUUUAUUUAUUUUGGUGUCAGCAUUAAAUGCCAUCUCAGGACAGUCUCGAAACGGGGUUUGUUUAAUUCCUAGUUGUACAGAACGCGUAGUCACUGAGCCACGUUGGUGAGCUCCUGCUGGAGCAAGGCCAGGCCUUCGCAGGGGACCCGAAAGCCCACUUUUAUUUUGGUUAUGGAAGAAGAAAUCUUACUGAUGAUCCGCUUUGUGAGCUUUCUCAAUUUAUCAGCAGGCAAACAGGAGAUGUCACUGUAUUAUUUGGAUUUACUUCCUAGUUGUAAAAACUGCUGCUUUGCUGGUGUUUGGUGACAAGCCGUGGCCCGUGAGGACGUGGCCCCUCUUGGCCCUCAGGGGGAGGACAGGCCGCGCUCUGUAUUUCAGUGGCUGGUCAACAGUCUCGUGACGAGAGAUUUCUAGCCGCCUGCAUAACCAGGAUUUUGAGGAUAGAUAACUGUAUUUUUAGAAAUAUCUUAGCCUAUCUGUUUUGGAAUAACAAUAAAUAAAAAAUGAAGUUA